UCGUGAAUGGUACCUCAUUGGGGACUGGGAGUAUAUAUAGACUACCAGCCUGCACCCUUCACUUCACCCAAGUUCAGACUUCAAGCCAAGUUAGCUUGCCUCGAAGAUUGCCAAUCAUAGCUAGCCAUGUCAAGGGACCCACUUGUUGUAGGCAACGUAGUUGGAGAUAUCUUGGACCCAUUUAUCAAAUCAGCAUCACUCAGAGUCCUAUACAACAAUAGAGAACUGACUAAUGGAUCUGAGUUCAGGCCAUCGCAAGUAGCUUAUGAACCAAGGAUUGAGAUUGCUGGAUAUGACAUGAGGACCCUUUACACUUUGGUAAUGGUGGAUCCUGACUCACCAAGUCCAAGCAAUCCAACAAAAAGAGAGUACCUUCACUGGUUGGUGACAGAUAUUCCAGAAUCAACAGAUGUGAGCUUUGGAAAUGAGGUAGUAAGCUAUGAAAGCCCAAAGCCAAGUGCUGGAAUACAUCGCUUCGUCUUUGUUCUGUUCCGCCAAUCUGUCAGGCAAACUAUUUAUGCGCCAGGAUGGAGACAAAAUUUCAACACAAGAGACUUCUCAGCACUCUAUAAUCUAGGACCACCUGUGGCCUCAGUGUUCUUCAACUGCCAAAGGGAGAAUGGGUGCGGUGGCAGACGAUAUAUUAGAUGAUACUCACUCCGUUCUUUUUUAUUUGUCGCGUUUUAGUUUAAAAAUAAACUAGCGGACGACAAAUAUUCGAGAACGGAGGUAGUAUUAGAAUAACCUCCUCUACAUGAGGACUGACGGAAUUCUGUAUGAGGCCAAGCACACCGAAUGGGUAGUAAACGCUGGACCUUAAUUUCUAGACUACUUUCCCACCUCUACAAGAUUUGACUAUGCUAGAAACGAAUUUCACUUACCAUGUGAAAUGUGAUAAAUAUAUUCCAACUAUAUGUUCCUGCCUCCUUGAUAAUGAAUACUAC